UCGAUGAGAUUUGGCAUCGAUGUCCACCUCUAAUAUAGCAUUUUUAAUAUAGCCAUAUAGCACCGAUUUUCCAUGUCCGAUUUUUAGGCGACAAGCGGUUGUGGACUGGCCAACAUGGAGGACCUGUGCAAGCCGCCGCUAGCCGUUUCCGUCGAGGAGCCCUUGCCAAAUGCCAAUGCCACUGCCAAUGCAAAUGCAAAUGGCAAGGGAAGUGGUGGUGGUGGUGGAGGUGGAGGUGGAGGUGGCCAAAUGCACUCUAAGACGAUCCAGCUGCCCAAAGAGGAGGAGCUCCUCGGCUCGGUGACCACGCACAAUUGCCCGGGAACGCGGGCCAGUGCCCGGGUCAUCCAGAAGAUGAAGCAGGACCAGACGCGACCGAUGACACCGCCGCCCAGCGAGCGGGAGGUGAGCAAGAAGGAGGAGAAGGCCGCCCAGAAGACGCCCAGCCAACUGAAGACGGGCAGCGGGAAGACCACCUGGACGAACGUGGAGCGCAACUGCUUCUUCGACGCCCUCAACGAGUUCGGCAAGGACUUCGAGGCGGUGGCCAACUGCAUCAAUGCCAAGCUGAAGCGCCGCAACGCCAGCAGCGACUACAGCUUCAAGACCAAGGACCAGGUGCGCCAGCACUACUACCAGACCUACCACAAGAUCUGCAAGUAUGUGCGCUACUCGGAAGAGCUGAAAAAGCCCGCCCAGGAGUUGUACACGCUGAUCAAUUACGGCGAGAUGCGGCGCAAGCUGCAGUUCCUCACCGAGAAGCACUUCAUGAAGCUGAAGCAGCUGGUUUACCAGGGGCAGAUCACUGUGCGCUGCAAGGGCAAGAACAUCCGCAUCAAGACGCCGUCGUGCAAGGCGCUACGACGCCUCAAUCAGCUGGAUGAUUCCCUUGAGGACAUACGGCUGCCCAGCAAAGUGGAGGUGCUGGUGACGCCCGCCAACAUGGAGGCCUUCGGUCGGGUGCAGUCGCUGGCCCAGAAUCCGCGCGGCAGGAUCAUAGUGCCGCUGCACAAGAAGCUGAUCGGCCUGAUCAAGACGUUCGAGUUCAAGUGGCGCAGCGCCGACCAGCGACUGCACGAAGAGAAGGCCGUCUUCACCACCGCCGCCGCUGCCGCCGCCAAUAACAACAAUGAACCAGAGCCGCCGCCGACGACUACCACUGCCGCCUCGCUGGAUCCAUCGCUGUGCUUCCAGCCGCGGCCGGGAGUGGCCAUCCACCGACCGCUGCUCAGCAUAACCGCCUACCUGAGCAGCAUCAACAUCUGCCUGGCCGCCUACGAGGAGCGCAUGGGCUUCAAGGUUCGCAGCGAGACGCUGGGCAGCCAGCCGUUCAUUCCGUCGGCGGCCAGCAAGCGACCCCGCACGGAGAGCGGCUCCGAGAAGCGUUCGCCGGAGGCCAAGAAGCCCAAGUCGGGCGCCAGUCCGCCGCUGGAGAAGAGUCUGGACGAUGCGCUGCCCUUGGAGGGCAACCUGUUGAAGCUGGAGAGCAGCAGCGGCGAUGAGCUGGGCGAGGAGAUUCACGAGUUUCUCGGCGACAUUGUGGAGGCCACGGUUCAGACGGUUCAGACGGCUCUUGCCCCUGUGCCCGCCGAUGACCAGCAGCCCGAAACGUUAACUGAUCCGGCUGCACCGACAGUGGCCAGCGAGCCAGCUCCACCGGCACCUGCCACCCCAGCAGCUGGUCCCCCGGCCGCGCGCUCCAAGCGCAAAGAAGCCAAAGAGGCGGCGGCCGCGGCCACGGCGCGCAACUUUAAGCCGCUGCUCAGCGACGAGAUACUCAAGCGCAUACGCAAGGGCUGGACGGAGGCCAAUGCGGCGGACAUCACAAUUGGCGAUCUGUACGUGGUCUUUGGCCAGGACUCCAAGCUGGAGCUGGAGUACUUCUGGUGCGAAACGGAGAGCAGUUCGGUGGCUGUAGCAGCCAGCAGCUCCUCCUCCUCCUCGUCGUCGGUGGCCACGCAAACGGGUAACAGCCAGGCGAGCAGCGUGUCUUCCAACUCCAACUCCUCCUCGUCCUCCGUCGUAACCGCCGCCUCGCUGCCGUACAAUCCCAACGACUGUGAUAGCGUGGAGCGCGUGAAGGCCGUCACCACAUCGUCGGUGGGCAACAAGCUGAAGCACCUGCUGCUGGUGGCCAAUCUCAGCGAGCGGGUGCGCAAGCGGCAGUGCACCUGCGGCCAUACCUGCGACCGCAAGCGGGACCUGAUGAGCAAGGCGCAGCAGCUGGCGGAGGCGGCGGCCGCCGGUGGCGUCAUGGAGGGCACCUUCCGCACCCCGAUGCUGCCAGUGCGACGGCCCAUAGCCAACAUCAUCGAUCCUGUCCGCCAGCUUUCAGCGCUCACGCGCCAGAAGAUGAGUCGCCAGGUGCUGGUGCAGCGUCGCCUCCUGCCCCCCGCCUCCAUGGGCGGUCGUCCGUACGAUCUGCUGAGUGUGCGCCAGCUCCACAGCGGCCUCUUCGAGCCCAUUGAGCGCCUGGGCGACGGCGGCGGCAGUGCCAGUGGCGUCGGCUCAUCCGCAUCCGAUGCCAGCGGCAGUGUGGUGAUGCCCCCGCAGUACCACCAGCAGCAGGUGCACCCGCAGACGAUGCAGCAGCUCCUCGACGAGGGAUCCGCCCAGGGUGGCGCACGGGACAUGCCCAAUCUGGACUUCUGUGUGGCCACCAGCACCACCGGCGUCGGUAGCGGUGGCGGCGGCGGCGGCAGUAGUUCCCUGGCCGAGGCGGUCCAGGAUGAGAGCACAACGCAAAACUUCUUCCACGGCAGCGUGAGCCCGAUGCACUUGCUCAGGGAUUCCACUUCCAAUGCGCGCUGGCUGGAGGACAACAUCAAUGACUUCUCGCUGACGUCGCUGCUGGGGCACCUGGACGAGAUCGAUGCCACCCGGGACAUACUGGAUCCCUCGUCGAGCAUGUCGGUGAUCAGCGAGAGCAGCGUGGACUUUCGGCACAAGUUCCAGGAGAUCGCCGCCCUGCUGCAGCAGCAGGAGAAGGAUUAGCAGUGGCGAGGAGUCUCCCUUGUUUGUUCACACAGAUCCAGAGAACCCUGAGAGGAUGGGGCUAUCAGCAUUCAGCUAUCAGCUAUCAGCUAUCAAGUCUAAUGUCUCAUGUCUCAGUCUCAUUUUUAUUUAACUCACUGAUAUUAUUGAUCAUCCCACAUGUUAUAUGGAUUAACAUCUGUUUUUAUGCGACUCCUUGUGAUCUAUUCUCAUUUUAUGUCUGCCAAGUAUUAGCAAGCACUCACAUUGUCUAAACAUAUAUAUAUAUAUAUAUUUAUUUAUGCAUUAACUUUAUGUGUAUCCACGCGAUAGAACGCGAAGGCAUCUGCAACUGCAACUCCCAUUUUAAUUAAUUCUCAGCCUCUAUGUUUGUCCAUUCGCUCGCACACUCGUUCCGCACUCCUCUAAUUGGUUUCUCAGCAUGUAAAAUCGGUUCAACAUAGUUAUUAAGCAUAGAAAACACCAAUCCCAAUCGAAACUUCCAGUUGUAUGAUAGAGAUUCUCCGUAUGAGAGGCAACCAAAAUCCCGAAGCAAGACUCGAAAGUUUUCAAGUCGGGGAAAUGUUUUCCCUUCCACGGCCCCGCCCCUUGUUAAUAUAUAUAAUAUAUAUACAAUACAUAAUUUAGUCGAGAGCAGAGGAACAAUAUUUAAUCCUAGAGCGUAUUUUGUGACAGUAACACUCAGAACUUGUUAUUAUACAAAGGCAAAUACCGAAAAUAAAAGCAAACUAAACUAAAAA